AUGACAAUCACGACCUACGAUACCUCCCCGGAUUCCUCCGAUCUCGCCGCCCUGAAUCUGUCGCGCCUGUUGGCACGGUUAGAAUACAAUCUGCUCUCUUCCGCGGCGGACUUGAGGCCACUCCGACAAUCAGACUACCAGCGCAAGAGAGUAGGAGCGAACAUAGACUACGCCCGCACUACCCUCCAGAACCUCGAACGCAGCCUCCCCCAGAUCAAGCCUCCCGAUCACCGACAAACCCUCCAGACCAACCUCGUACAGCAACGCCUUGUCCUCAACCGCCUCCAGGACUUUCUAGACCAACUCACCGCCGAAGCGGAGACAAGCCGGGGUAGGAAACAGCAACAAGACGCCGCAGCGGCAUUCAGCACUAGCACCCCCGCAUCAACCCCCCACGCAGAAACCGAAGGAGACUCGGACUCGGAUUCCGAACCCCUCGACGGGGAAGACCUCCUUGGAACCCCGGAAGAUGGCAGCACCACCGACGAAGUCGUCGACGAGGACCGGGGCAAUGACACCGUCGAAAACCAGCAACCACAGUCAGAGCCACAGCCACCAACCCUCUCCUCCGCGCUCCCCACACCGACUGCCACAGAGACAGACUCCCCAUUACCACCAACGACCACACCAGCACCAGCACCAGCACCAGCACCAGCAACGACGACGACAACGACAACAACAACAACAACAACAACAACAACAACCCCACCCUCACAACCCUCCGCAACCCUCCGCAACCGCACCACCGCCACCACCGCCCCUCAAUCCUCCUCAACCUCCUCAACCCUAACAGCAACCGGCACCUCACUACACCCAGCCCACCCAUCAUCAUCAUCCUCACCAACAAACCCCAACCCCACAAAAACAACAACAGAAGAAAUCCUCGUCUCGCACCGCGCGGAACAAGAAGACCUAACGACCUCGCUCCUCUCGCUCGCCUCGCAGCUCAAAUCCUCCUCGCAGGCCUUCCACGCCUCGCUGGACGCCGAGAAAUCCGUGCUGGCGCGCGCGGUCGACGGGCUCGACCGCACGACGACCAGCAUGGAGUCCGCGGAGCGGCGCAUGGGCACGCUGCGCCGGAUGUCCGAGGGGAAAGGCUGGUGGGGGCGCAUGAUGCUGUACGCCUGGAUCUUCGGGCUGUGGAUCGUGGCGAUUCUGAUUGUGUAUGUGGGGCCCAAGUUGAGGUUCUAGGACAGUGGUCUUCUUGCUAGCGUGGAUUGGUUUUGUAUGCAUUAGCUGGG